AUGUCCCCGUUUGUAAUGAAUCCCUGUCUGAAGGUUGCUCUUGGCUGGCAGAGUUUCACAGGUGGCGCUGACCACCUUGCGGAGCAGGCGCUGGGCUGGAGCUCAGGAGAUUUGAAUUCAGUUCCCAGCUCGGACACGGACUCCUUGGGGGAUGGGGGGAGUAGAGGGCAGGCGAGCCGGAUCCCAGGGAGACGUCACCCCGGCGGCCCAACCCCUGCCUUGUCCUCUCCCGGCACAGCCGAGAAGCUGAGCCUGCGUGAGGCCCGGGACUGGCUGGUGCGGGAGGCCCAGCAGCAGCGGGAGAACUGCUCGAAGGUGACGGAGAAGCUGAAGCAGGCGGCCAGCAGUGCCAACAGUGAGCGGGAGCUCUGCCGGCAGGAGACCAUCCGCCUGCGGGCACAGUACAGCGGGCAGCAGCUGGGGCAGAACCAGUGUUGCAGCCUCGGGGAGAAGAUGCUGGGUGAGUUCCAGAACAUCCAUCAGACCCUCCAGGGGAAACUGGGGACCCUCUCGCCCUACUCAUCCAGCAGCUGCACCACGCUGAGCCAGCAGCUGAACUCGCAGCUCAAGACGCUGGGGGACAAGCUGCAGCAGGAGAUGCAGACCCAGGGGCAGGAGAACGGGCGGCUGCAGGCCGAGAAGCUGCUCAGCGAGGCGAACCUGCAGGACUGCGGGCAGCAGCGCGCCAGGGAGACCCAGCAGCACCAGCACCAGCUGCAGACCCUGCAGGCUACCUGCGACGCCGAGGCCACGCGGAACUACCAGGAGAAGCAGACGCUGACGGAGGAGAAGGGCCGCCUGAACCAGCAGCUGCAGGAGAAGAACAAGCUUCUUGCCCAGGCAGAGGCCGUGAAAGCCCAACUGGAGAGCUGCAGGAGGGCAAAGGGCAGUGCUUGGAACCCAGGCCUGAGAAAUCCUAGCAACCCCGGGACCUUCGGGAACCCUGGGACCUUCGGGAAUCCAGGGACACUGGGGAACCCCGGGACGUUCGCGAACCCAGGGACCCUGGGGAAUCCUGGGACGUUCGGGAACACUGGCAGAGUCAACCUGGAUGAAAUCAGAAAGCGAAUCCUGGAGGAGGCCAAACUGUCCAACCAGUUCCCCCCAAAACCCGUGGCACAGCCCAGCGGCUAACGAGAGAGCAAGGCCAUGGGGAGCUGAGCUGGAGGAAACGCGACUUGAUUGGCAAGAAACUUAGGAGACUGAGCUGGUGCACGGCCUGAAAUCGCUCUCUUGCUCAGACAGACAGACACGCCUGGGCAGAGACUCACAGCCAGGCGCAAACACAUACAUGUGACUCUCCCCCACCCACACAGCUGCAAUCCAUCUUACACCCCGUCCCCAGCUCCAAUCUCUCGCACACACACUCGGCCAGACUCUCAGAUCGCCCAGCUCACGCUCACCCCAGACACACACACGCCCUCUGGGCCUCCCCCUCCCGCCCCUUACUCCUGGUCCAGUGACCCCUGGUUCGCCAGCACCAGAAGCUGGGCGUGCUGGCGGGAGGGGAGCUCAUGCUGAUCUCGCCCUUUGGCAGCCCCCCCUCCGACUUGUAGCCCUUUGGGUGGGGGGGUCUGGCCAGACCUGGCAGCACGGCACAGGCCCACCCCGGGGGGUGGGGAGGACCGUGGCUCCCCUGACUGACCCCACUAACUCUCUGGGCUUUACUCACCCUCACUAUCCCUGCUGAGAUCCCCUCCCGCCAGCACCUGGGCCUGGCCCCCGCUCCAGCCUCACCCCCGCCCUCCUCCAGCCACUCCUGCGUCCCUGCCCAGACCUCAAGCCCCUGGUCUGAUCAGGCUCCGCGGCCCCAACACCCCUCCAGUCCUGCAGCCCUUUCCCCAGCCUUUUGCCGGGCGGGGCCCUUGGAGCUCACCCCAUCCCAGGGAGGUUAGACCCUGGGGCCCUGCCCAAUGCCACAGCCCAGGGGGUGCAGGAUCUGCCAUGAAUGUGAACGCAGGGCUAGGAGGUGAAGGGGAACCGCCGAGGCGGCUCCGGCCUCUCUCGCCGAUUAGCCGAGCGAUGCGGCGGAGGCUCAUGGCGCUUUGCUGUAAUUCUUCCACCCCGCACUGAAUACACGCCUGACGGCAGCCCGG